AUGAAAAUAUCCGACAAGAAGCGCAAGCCCAAGAGGAAAGAAUCAUACAGUAUGUACAUCUACAAAGUGUUGAAACAAGUUCACCCCGAAUUGAGUAUGUCCACCAAGGCCAUGAAUAUCACGAACAGCUUCGUUACCGAUAUUUUGGAACGCAUCGCCAACGAAGCAAAGCGUCUGACACAUUACAACAAGCGGUCGACCAUCACCAGCCGGGCAAUCCAGACCGCCGCCCGUCUCCUGUUGCCUGGUGAAUUAGCCAAGCACGCUGUCAAUGAAGGCACCAAAGCUGUGGUCAAGUACUUUAGUUCCAAAGAACCUUUUUUUGAUAAUAGUCACGCUACAUCCAUGUAA